CCGCCGCCCUUCCCGAACGAACACAAGCGGAUCCUGCCGGCCAGGGGAUUCUGGGUGCCUGGACGCCCACUUCCUGGCCCGCAGUCAGGAAUGACACCUGGGACGCUGGAGCGAGCACCAGAGUCCCUGGAGGCCGCCCCCACCGUCCGGACCCUGACCCCGCCGCCUCAGGACUCCCGGCAGCCAAACACCCUUUCCGUUCGCCCGCGUCGGCGCCGGGGUCAUAAGCACCCGCCGUGCGCAGGCGCGGGUCGCCCUACCGCGUCGGUUAGCCUACGUCACGUGACGCCUCGUCGCGCCGCCGUCACGUGACGGCCGUCCGCAGCUUCUGGCCUCCUGGGCGUGCGCCCCCUUCCGCCUGACGCGCCCCCGGCGGCGGCCGCGCAGCAGCCCUGGCUCCUCGCGGGCUCGGGCGGCGGCUGCGGCGGGGCUAUGGCGAGCGGAGGCGGAGGUGGUAACACCGGCGCGGUGGGAGUCCAGGGGCUGGGCCUGAGCCUCGGCCUGGGCCUGGGUCUAAGCCUUGGCAUGGGGGAGGCCCCUGGCGAGGCGGAGGAGGAGGCUGCCACGGCCGAGGCGGUAGGACGCCUAGCUACGGCGCUGUGGCUGCGGCUCCGGGGCUGGGAAGCGGUGCUGGCGGCGGCGCAGCGACUGCUGGUGUGGGAGAAGCCGCUGCACAGCCUGGUCACUGCGGCGGCGCUCAACGGCCUCUUCUGGUUGCUGUCUUCGUCGUCCCUCCGGCCCUUUUUCCUGCUCAGCGUCUCACUUUUGGCCUAUUUUCUCCUGGAUCUUUGGCAGCCACGCGUUCUCCCCGAGGUUGCAGCAUCCUCCCCAGAAGAGCCACACUCUGACAGUGAGGGUGCGGGGUCAGGCGCCCGGCCUCACCUGCUGAGUGUGCCCGAGUUGUGCAGAUACCUGGCUGAGAGCUGGCUCACCUUCCAGAUUCACCUACAGGAGCUGCUGCAGUACAAGAGGCAGAAUCCAGCUCAGUUCUGUGCUCGAGUCUGCUCUGGCUGUGCCGUGCUGGCCGUGCUGGGACACUAUGUGCCCGGGAUCAUGAUUUCCUACAUUGUCUUGCUAAGUAUCCUGCUGUGGCCCCUGGUGGUAUAUCAUGAGCUGAUCCAGAGAAUGUAUACUCGCCUUGAGCCCCUGCUCAUGCAGCUGGACUACAGCAUGAAGGCAGAAGCUGAUGCCCUGCACCACAAACACGACAAGAGGAAGCGCCAGGGGAAGUGCACUCCCCCAGGAGGUGAUGAGCCACUGGCAGAGACCGAGAGCGAAAGUGAGGCAGAGCUGGCUGGCUUCCCCCCAGUGGUGGAUGUGAAGAAAACAGCACUGGCCUUGGCCAUUACAGACUCAGAGCUUUCGGAUGAAGAGGCUUCUAUCUUGGAGAGUGGCGGUUUCUCCGUGUCCCGGGCAACAACUCCACAGCUGACCGAUGUCUCCGAAGAUUUGGACCAACAGAGCCUGCCAAGUGAGCCAGAGGAGGCCCUGAGCCGGGAGCUAGGAGAGGGAGAAGGAGAAGAAGCAGAGCUGGCCCCUCCGGAAGUUGUGCUGGGCACCCCCCAGACCCUCUCGAGGCAAGCCCUGGACUCAGAGGAGGAGGAGGAGGAGGAAGACAUGGCCACCCAAGAAACCCUGCUCCGGCUUUCAUCCCCCCUCCACUUUGUGAACACGCACUUCAAUGGGGCAGGGUCUUCCUCAGGUGCGGGGCCGUGCUCCUCUGGAGGACCAGUGGAGACGCUGAUCCCCAAGGCAGUGAGUGGUGACCUCACUGAUGCACCCAGCACCCUGUCACCCCCACUUGGCCUUGCUGCAAGCAACCUGGUCCCAUCCCCUUCCAUGCUCCCCCCUCCUUGCCAGGACUUCCCCCAGACCCUGCCAGCCCCUGAGGAAGAAGAGGCACUCACCACUGAGGACUUUGAGUUGCUGGAUCAGGGGGAGCUGGAGCAGCUGACCACGGAGCCGGGCUUGGGGCCAGAGACACCCCCAGAGCCCCCGGAUGCUCCUCCUCCUCUAUCAGCAGGGCUGGAUGCCCGUUCUCUGGUACAGUCAGACCAAGAGGCCCAGGCUGGGGCAGAGCCAUGAGCCCUCAGGGGAGGAGCUGCAGGCACGCCAGGGCUUCCUGGCUGCAGGUGUUACUGUUUCCUCCUGCCCCUCCAGACCCAAUAAGGGGCCAUGUAUAGGGCAACUGGCUGUCAGAUGGUAGCCAGUCCACCCCUCUGCCUGCCUGCCUGCCUGCCUGCUAUCCUGGGCCUCAUGGUGCACCUGUGCCUAGGAUUGGUUUUAAGUUUGUAAAUACUUUUCCAGUUGGAUCUGUGGAUGUGAACAGGGCCAGGGAAGUCUUUCCCACAGCCUGCACUUGGCUCCCUGCCUCAUCUGUAUUCUCAUUCCACUGUGUCCCAAGCCCUGGUGGUCCAGCCCUCUGUUCUCCCUCCUAUCCUCAGGGACCUGCACUGCUCUGCCCUCGUGUCCCACUGGGUUGUUUAGUUCAGGCACUUUAUUGUUUUCCUUUCCUGUACCUUAUUCCUCUCUGCUUUACCUCCCUGCUGUGUCAUGUCUUUAGCAACUCAGCCCCACCUUUGCCACCUCCGUUUUCCCAGCAGGCACUAUGAAGCUUUAGGGAGGCUCCCAGGCUGGGGGCAGUGGGUCCGACCAGUAGUUUUGCACUUAGGUCACUGGUAGCUCUGGAAGCUGCACUGCCCCCUUGCCCUUGUUCAUGCAAGCCUCUACUGAUGCAGAAGAGCAGGGCUCCUGCAGCAUAGGCACUUGUGCUGGGGACAGGGAACAUGUCCCAGGAGUGAAGAAGGCAGCCUGCUCCUCUGGGCCACGGGUGGUCAAAGUGUGGUGGAACCCUUGUCCUCGGGGCAGGCAGUAGUAACAUCUGUGCGGGUGUCACUUGGGAAAAUAAAGUGUCCAUUGGCUAGAAGCACUG